GCUCAUGUUGCACUAUUGUUCGGUGCAUUCCCCUCACACGCCCUCUUUGAGUGACUUUAUAAAUGGAGUCAUACGCGUGACGACUGGAAGGCACAAAAUGAUUCACAGAAAAAUGUGGCUGGCGCUGCUUGUGUGCCAACUUAGUCUCUUAGGUGCCCGGGGUCAGAUACCAGCUGAGUGCGUUACGAGUGACACAAACAGACCGCCAGAAAACUCCGACAUCAUGGUGUACUGCGGCACCGAGCACAUGGACCUGAGCGUCUACCUUUGCCCCGUGUACCAAGCUCUCUACAACGAGUCCCUCAUGGUGCUCAAUAACGAGUUGAACAACGGCGAAUGUUUCGGCGUGGCAGACUUCGCCGUCGACCCGCCCGUCUUGAAAUUCAGCUUCCCCAUCAACGAAAGCGCCACGUCGUCGUGCGGGAAUGACUUUAAUAUCAUCAAUCAAGUGGGCACCGGAGCAUUCGCCGACUUCUCCAACGUCCAAUAUGUCAAUAUCUCCGGCACCGUCAACUCCAUCGACCCGUCGGUCAGCAUGAUCAGCUACAGGCCACAGCUCAUCUACAUGUUCUCCUGCCUCUACCCCAUGCAAUAUAUCAUCAACAACACUGAGCUGGGCGUAGCUGGUGUGAAUGUGGCCAUUAAAGACAACAACGGCAGCUUCAUCAGCACGUUGAGCUUGGAGUUAUAUGAAGACGAUCAAUUCCAAAACGCUCUGACCAUACCAACAACGGGACUCCAACUGAAGACCAAAAUCUACGUCGCCGUCCGAGCCUCCAAUUUAACAGACAGAUUCAACGUGCUGCUGGAUCGAUGCUACGCCACCACAAGCCCCUACCCAGCUUUCGAUUCCUUCUACGACCUUUUUAUCGGCUGCACACGUGACGACCAGACCGAGAUCAUCCUUAAUGGUGAAUCCCAGGAGGCGCACUUUUCCUUUGAGGCCUUUCGAUUCGUGGAGCACAAGAAUCGAACCGUGUCCACUUUCUACCUACACUGUGUCACGAGGCUGUGUGAAGUGUCCGCCUGUGAGGCUCUAAAACCGGUCUGUUCAGGUAGCCGCAGAAAAAGAAGAGAGGUUGAGGACGUGUUGGCUAACGCGACAGUGACCUCGCUGCCCAUUAUGGUGGCCAAAAAGAACAGAGAUUUUCAAACUAACACAGCUUCUCAUGGUGUAUCAGCGAGACCCUACAGAGACCUUGUGGUGGCGGUCAUCAUCAAUAUCGUCAUCUUGGCUGAUUUUAGAUUCUAAAUAUUUUUUUUUCUGAAUAUUUACCAUGUUUAGCUUCCCCCCCAGGGUUAUUCAAAAGCACCUUAUUUGUAAAUGCAAACUUUAACAGAUGCAAAUUGAAGAAAUGUUUUGUACGUCUGUAGUUUAGUGUGAACAUCAACAAAAAUAUACUUGGUGUCACAUAAGAAGUGAUGACAGUACAGAAUGACUAAUAUAUACGUAGAAAUUAAAGUCAGUUGAAGUUUUA